CGAUACAUUCGGUACCUUACAUGCAAUUAUGGAGCACCUGGCCUUGACCCACAUUUCUCAACGUCAACUGGCAACUCACAAUGACCUGACCCUCAUUUCAGCCAAGUACCGGGCAACUCAGAGCAGCACACAUUCUUACCGUUAUCAAUGGAUAAAUCUCAAGACAGUGUGCCCAGGGGGCAUACUAGGACAAGAUCGGGAGUGAAAGCGACAAGACCUCGCUCUUCUACCAAAGGCCCUCUCGAUGACGACAACCCUCUAGCGUCACCACCUCUUUCAGCAGAUCACACGCAAAGAAACCUCUCCAUCCGGAACAAUCCUAGGAGCCCGGGCCCCGGAUCCCCGAUGAUGCCCCGAUCGCCAGCCCGCUCUCCCGCCCCGACCGACGCACGGAUGAGUAUGCGAGGCACACCUUCGCCCCGGCACGGCCCCAAAGACUUCUCGUACCUGCUCCACCCCGAUCUCUAUCACCCACUCACUCCGCUCAACCUCCCGGCUUCCUUCCGAGCUCCCGCCGAGCCGCCCUCCCCAGACACCCCCAUUCCCGACCUAGUGGCUCGAGGCUACUUCCGCGCCGCCGCCAUCGCCGCCACGCAGGCCCUGACAGGCGGAGCCGUCAGCCCCACCGACCACGCAACCAUCUUCGACCUCCUCUACACCCGCCUCGCCUGCCUGACCCUCAUCGACGCCACUCCGCUCGCCGCACAGGAGGCCAAAGCCCUUGGGGAUCUGCAGUCAGCCUUCUACUAUUCGCCAUCUUCCUCGGCGGAGUCCCAAAAUGAGCAGCCACAGUCGCCGCUACCGCAACAGCACAUGACCCACCUCUGUCCCUGGCCCCUGCGCGUGCUUGCCGUGCGGCUGCAAGCGAUGGGCUUCGGUGACCCGCGCCGGGCCGUCAUGAGCUACUACGAGCUGGCACGGGAGGCGCGCGCGAAGUUGGGCGAGGCCAAGGCGCGGCACGAGCAUUCGGAGGCUGAGGUGUGGCGGCAGAGGUUGGCGGACCUGGGGCUGCGGGUCGCGGGUACGCUGGUCGAGAUGGAUGAUUUAUCCGGGGCGGUGGAGCAUCUCGAGACGUUGAAAGAGGAAGGCCGGGGCAGGAUGGGAGGGCUUAGGAAGUCGCUGCUCUGGUUGCAGCUGGGGGAUGUUGAGGCUGCGAGGGAGUGUGUAAAAACCGAUGAUGGUGGGGAUGAGGAAGGGGUGGAGGAACGAGUGGUGAGCGCGCUGUGUGAUAUGGCUGAUGGCGAGUAUGAGGUUGCGUUGGGAAAGUGGACAGCGUUGAGGAAGGAAGUGGAUGACGAGAUGGUCGGGGUGAACCUGGCUGUUUGCCUGCUUUAUGUGGGCAGGAUGCAGGAGGGCAAGGUGCUGCUGGAAAGCCUCGUGGAUGCCGGCCGGUCCUCGCACACUCUGCUUUUCAACUUGACGACCAUGUACGAGCUUUGCACCGACAGGUCCCGGGCACUGAAGGUCAGGCUGUCGGAAAAGGUGGCCGCUAUGGGGGAGCGGGCUGAUGGCUGGGAAAAGUCCAAUGCCGACUUUAAGCUGUAGUGUAUGCUGUGCAGGAGAGGAUGGGUGGUAUCACAAGUCAGCUCGCGACUUGGACUUUGGAUCGACACUUAACUUCUUCGCAAACGCCCUUACGUGGUAACACGGACCUAUCCGUACAGCACCAGCUUUAUAGGUAUAAUGGGAAGCCCCAAGGACAUACCCAAGCGCCAAGGCUCGGAAAGCCCCGCCGAAAGCGACUCAGAUCCUGCUUGAUGAAUAUGAUUAUGUACUGGGUGUCACAGGCGGGGACUGAUAGAUCUGAACCAUCGGCAUCGGCUUUCCGACCAUCUACUGUUUCAAUUCUCUGACCAUUUCGAGUGUGUAUGGCCUGUACCAUUCCAAACCCAGCCCAACAUAUUGGCAUGCGAUGACCUGAAUUCACACCGAAACCGAGUAAAGCUGUAUUACCCGCCUUCUCACUCUAGUUAAAGAGCCGCAAGCGCUAACAUC